AUGACUGAGAAGUCCAUGUACUAUACUACUCGUCAACCUAAAAAAGCUGGUAAAUUUUUGGCUGUUUUAUUUAACUAUUUAAGAACUGUAUGCAUUUAUGGUAUUAUUCCAUUUGGUAUUGUUUACGUUGAAUUAUUAUUUAUCUUUAAUUCUGUUUGGUUGGAAAAAACCACAUUUUAUUUCAUGUAUGGAUUUUUAUUUGUUACUAUUAUUAUGCUAAUCAUUAUCAUUAUUGAAUCAACUAUUGUUGCCGUUUAUAUUUCCUUGGUGGUUUAUAAUGAUCCACAUUGGAUUUGGUUAUCAUUCCAGGUUGGUUCCAGUCUUGGAUGGUUCAUUUAUGGUUAUUCUAUUUAUUAUUAUGUCAGAAUUUUGAAUGUUCAAGAUUUUGUUAGUGGUUUAUUAUAUUUUGUUUAUAUGGCAUUAGCUUCUGUAAUUAUUGGUGUCUCCUGUGGUGCUGUUGGGUUAUUGACAGGUUUAUUAUUUGUAAGAAAAAUCUAUGGAGCUAUAAAAGUUGAUUAA